AUGGCCGCCGCUGCUACUGUCCAACUGACAACGCCGUCCAUCAUCGGUGCCAAUCAGCCCUAUGGCAUGUCACCAGCCACCAGCAUGGGUGACACGGACAAUAUCACCGUCGCCGACAUGGAAGAGGCAAUCCGGCUCGCUCCCCUCUGCCGCGAGGCAUUAAACCUGCUAGACGCAGAGAUGCCCCGCUUCAACCACUCAUAUGCCUUCACCGCAGACGAGAUUCUGGCCCUUCCUCUUGACACAGUUCGCAUCCCCGACGAGUUGCACGGCUUGCCCCGCCGGAAAUCUACGCGAUCUUCCCUCGCAUCUGCCAUUGCGACUCUGCUGUAUCCCGCCACCCACGAGAAAGCUCUGGCUUCCGUGAUCCGGUACGACGCUGCUCGUGUGAGACUGCGCGCGUGGGUCGCACUGCAGCGGAAGUACGACAUAUUUGCCGCCACCAAACGGAACGGCCACAGCUUCCGCGGCUUGACUGGCGGAGCGGCUCCCGGUGUGCAUGCCCCAUUCUGGUCAUCCCGGAUCCUUGCUCAGGGCCCGUGGGACCCGUCAAAACUUCCCGUCUCGACCGCUGGCCCUAGGGCCAUUCCGAUGCCCGUCGCCGUUGCUGACGCCGCCGACCUGGCACCCUUCUUCGACCACCUCGAGCUCGGCGGCACCCACGAGCUCGACGAAAACUCUGCUGGAGCUGACCUCGAUAAUGGCAAGGGAGAGCCAUACUACGGCGUCAAGGGCGCCGAGUUCCGCAAAGGAGUCGUCUACGAGGAUGGUCGCAUGGACCUCUGCAAAAUGGUUGUUGGCCCAGACCACAUCGGCAGCCUGAUGGACAGCUUACGGCCGAACCCCUUCGUCCGACAUUUCCUGCUGGGGAACAACAUCAUUGGCCCGGUUGGCGCUCAGGAGAUUGCCCGCUUCAUCAAAGACUUGCCUGAUCGCAUGGACACUUGGUAUCUCGCUGGCAAUUGCAUCGACGCCCCCAGCUUCAAGAUCCUCGUCGAUGCCAUGGUCACGUCCGACGCCGUCACAAACAUUUGGCUGAAACGCAACCCGCUGGGCGCUGCGGCCGCUGCAGAUGUCUAUCGACUCAUCACCCAGACGAAAAACCUUCGCACGCUGGACCUUGACCAAACGGAACUCGGGGAUGCCGGUCUCGCAGAGUUGUUCACUCGUCUGGCCAUGUACUCCGAUCCCUCCGGCCGUAAGCUGCCCCUGCGACAUCUUUACUUGAACGGCACCGGUAUGUCGACAACGGCUGCCGCAAGGCUUGCAUCUUUCUUGGCCUCUCCAGCCUGCGGUGUCACCUCGCUUUACCUGUCCUGCAACCCACUCGGCGACGCAGGCGUGCAAGCACUGGCCGAGGGCGUUCGUCAGGCUCCUCAACUGACUCGCUUGUCACUUCAAUCAACCGGUCUGCACACGGCGGGUGCCAUUGCCAUCUGCAAUGUCGUCGCAUCGCAUCCUAGGAUUCGCUUCCUUGACGUUGGUCAGGCAUAUGCGACCUUGGACCUCGGCCAAGCUUGGAACUACAUCGAGGACGCUGUCGCACCCUCCAUCAUUGAGCUCUUGUCGACGAACCAGGUCAUCGAAUACCUGAACCUCGGCCAUUGCCCGAUCACACCGCCGGUCCUACGGGAGAUCGAUGCGGCUGUCUUGAAGUCUUUGCUGCUGUACUACGAUGCCGAGUCUAUCCUGCCAGACACGACGAUCAAGGAGCCUAGAUUCAAUCCGUCAGCCGAUCGGACAAUGCCCAACCUGCACUCUUUGGGGGCACUUACCAAGGAUCAAAAAGCCGUCGAGAAGGCAGUCGAUGACCAUCUCGAGGCCAAUGUGAAAGCCAAGUAUGGCAGCGAUAUGACUUACUCCCGCUUCAUGGAUGAGGAGAGGCGGUGGAUCGUGAACGAUAAAGCCGAUGUGCGGAAAAUUGACUCGGUGUACCGCAAUCGCGAUGCCGGUUACGCGCGCCGGCGGCUCAAGGCAUUGGUGAAGGACUGGGACGAGAACGACGACACUCUGGACCGAGUGAUGAACGCGCAGGGUCCAUUUUGCACCCGUUGGAAAAAUUCAAUGGGGACCGUGGAUGCUGCAUAG